GCGAAGGGCGUUCUUGACAUCGUCGGAAAACUGCGGCUCCGGCGGUGAAAUGCUUGCGAAGCUCAAGAGUAAUGUGAAGAGGGCGCAGCUGUGGAGGCGCUUUUUCUGUUUCUAUGCCUUUUGGGGCUACACAUGAGAAGAAAUUGCAGAUGGGCAGACUGUAGCUCUUUACUCAUGCCCACCCACCAGUCAAAAAGAUUGUGGUCAAAGGAUAGAGCAGCCUACAAAUACAUAAAUUUAUACGAAAAUACAAGUAUUUAUACGGACACCCACAUGGUGAAAUGUGAUAACAUGCAGCUUUGGCACGUACUUUUAAGUGGGUAUAUACAAACUGCAUGCAGAUUUGCAGAGAGGCUGACAGUAUGAUCAAAAGGCUCUGUUCAUUCUUCAGGUUGUCUGUGGUGUUGUAUGUUCUGAUGUGUUGUGGUGGCCGUUGUAGAAUUUGAAUUGGUCUGCCCCUUUUCUCGCUUUUGGAGGAUUAAAGCUGUGGAAUAUGGCAUGGAGUGUGGUUUGGAGAUGCUUUGGAUGCCUUUUGUUUCUUUUCUUGUUUUGUCAAAGGGAAUGGAUCCGUUAAGAAAAGACCAUUGUUGUGCUGCUUCUGUGUUUUUUAUUCUCUCUCUCUCUCUCUCUCUCUCUCUCUCUCUCUCUCUCUCGCUUUAAGGGUUGGGUCCGGGUCCGGAAAUAAAUACAUUUUAUUGAACAUAAAUUGAUAUUAAAUACUACAAAAUUUACCUUAAAAUAAUAUUUGCAUCAAAAAUUUCUAAAUCCUAAUAUUAUGUAUGUUGUUAUGAGGAAAAAAAAAGAUUUUUUUAAAAAAUAUUUUUAUUUUUAUUUUUAAAAAUAAGAGUAAUGAACUUUAAUAUAAUAAUAUUUACAAAAUAAUUCUUAAAAACUCAUUGGCAACAUGCCAGGAAACGUAUCUAUUGUUUUCCAAGAUGGAAAAACGGUUAUUAUUGUUGGGUUGGCGCGUUGUGGCGGGAAAAAAACACCCUAGAAUUUUCAAUUCCAAGCUCUGGGUUUCAGAUGACUUAGAAAAAUGAAUCCUCCAAAACCCAUCUCGCCUUUCAGACUCUCCUCUCUUCUUCGCCUCCAGAAUGAUCCAAAACUCGCUCUCCAGCUCUUCCAGAACCCUAAUCCUGACCCUAAACCCUUUCGCUACACCCACCUCUCCUACGACCUCAUCAUCACCAAGCUCGGCCGCUCCAGAAUGUUCCACGAAAUGGAACAAAUCCUCUCCCAAUUGCGCCGAGAAACUCGAUUCUCUCCCAAAGAGAUCAUCUUCUGCAAUGUCAUCUCCUUCUAUGGACGGGCCCGCUUGCCCGAUCGUGCAAUCCAGACCUUUGAGUCCAUCCCGGAAUUUCGCUGUCAGAGAACGGUAAAAUCUCUGAAUUCGCUUUUGAAUGCUCUGUUGAAAUGUAAAGAAUUUGAGAAAUUUGAUGGGAUUUUGUCGGGUAUUGAUAAGUUUGCGACUCCGGAUGUGUGUACUUAUAAUGUAUUGAUUAAUGCUUGCUGCUCGAGUGGUAGUUUGGGCGAUGCAUGGAAUGUGUUUGAUGAAAUGUUGAGGAAGCAUGUCUGCCCCAAUGUGGUGACUUUUGGGACUUUGAUUAGUGGGCUUUGUGGGGAUUCGCGCUUGGACGAGGCUUUUAGGUUGAAGGAGGAUAUGGUGAAGGUUUUUAAUGUUAAACCAAAUGCUUUUGUUUAUGCUUCAUUGAUGAAAGGGCUUUGUAGGGUUAAUGAGUUGAGUUUGGCUUUUGAGCUUAAGAAGGAGAUGGUGGCAAAUAAAUUAAGAUUAGAUUCAGGAAUUUAUUCCACUUUGAUUGCUGCAUUGUUUAAGGUAGGGAGGAAGGAUGAGGUUUUUGUGGUUUUAGAGGAGAUGAGAGAGAAUGGGUGCAAACCUGAUACUGUGACUUAUAAUGCUAUGAUUAGUGGGUUUUGUAACGAGAAGGAUUUUGAAGCGGCAUAUGGUGUCUUGGAAGAGAUGGUGGCGAAGGGAUGCAAGCCUGAUGUCAUUAGUUAUAAUGUAAUUAUUAGUGGGUUGUGUAAAGAGGGGAAAUGGAGAGAAGCAAAUGAUUUAUUUGAAGAUAUGCCAAGACGGGGAUGCACUCCUGAUGUGGGGUCAUACCGGAUUCUUUUUGAUGGGCUUUGUGAAGGGAUGCAGUUCAAUGAAGCAGCAUUUAUUUUGGACGAGAUGGUUUUUAAAGGUUAUGCUCCUAAGAGUGCCAGUAAAACUAAAUUUGUUGAGGCAUUGUGUCAGGAAGGGAACUUGGAGUUGUUGUGCAAAGUUUUGAAUAGCUUGGUAAAAGGAAAUGUUAUUGAUGGAGAUGCAUGGAGUUUGGCAGUUUCUAAGGUUUGCAAGAAGGAAAAGCUGUCAAAUGGCUCUGAACUUGUUGAUAUCUUCCUGAAGGAUACUGAGACUGUGCCAAUCAGAUAAAUAGUUGCUUUCAUACAAUUGUAGGUCUGGCUCCUCCUUAAUGCAUUAGAGGGUGAGGCAUCUAAUUCUACCAUCCUGAUAAAAUAGUGACACAUGGAUGAAAUUCUGAUUCUUUAGUAUCUUCUGCCACCAUACCCCCCUCCCCCCGUGCCUACUCUUCAAUUAGGAUGAAGCCCAUGUGGGGAUCUGUACAGCAGAAGCUAGAUAAGCUUGAUAUUGAAGAGUGAGAUCAGACAUGAGGGUGUUCUCUUCAGUAUCAACUCCAAGGAGUCCAACAUGGGAUUGCAGAAUGGCAUUGCUUUUGUUUAUUGGGGGGUUUCAUAUUUUUUCUUGAAUUUCUGUAAUUUUUUUAGUGUUUUAUGUGUAUUUUCAUAAUUUGUGAAUUAGGUGAAAAAAAAUUAUUGUUCGUCUUGGUUUUAAGGCUUUCUUUGAUAAUCAACUUGUUUUUCUGCAUUGAUCAUCUGAAACCAUUUGUCCUCUACACUUAUAUUUUCAUAUAUUUUUGUUUGUCAUUUAUAGUUGUCAAAUAAAUUUCUAGGGUGCUAAUGUGGAAAAGUCAAAAUUGGUGGAGAUUAGAUUUCACUGAAUAUGGAAAAUUGCUGAAAAUCUGAUUCAGAGUGGAAACCAACCAAAGGGGACGACAUGGACUUUGCUUAUGAAUGCAUUUUGGCCUUUUUCAAGCAGGGAAGACAACCCAGAGGCAGUUUUUGGAGCUAAAGAAGGGCUAAAAAUAUAAUUCAUCUCCAUUGCCAUCAGAGGAGAGCUGUCAGCCUGUGAAGCACAGACAGGGAUUGUGAUAUAACCAUCAGCUCCUCUCCCUGCUGUCAUCGCCCCCUUAGCUACCACAUUCACAGGCCAACUAGAGGAGAGCUCUUCUUCACUACCAUAGCUACACCUUGCUCGGGAACUCUAGAGCAGCAGUGUCAGCAUCACCUUCCAUCCUCCAUAAAAGGGAAACCCACGUCUCUCUUCCAUCUAUUUCUCUAGGGCAGAAGGCAGAAGGUUGUGAGAUAGAUCAGAGUGAGAGAAACAUGAGGUUGAAGCUUGGGGAAUUGUCAUUCAUGGUUUAAAACAUGAAUAUUACAAUGAGUUUGUUUCUGCUAUUUGAGGAUAAUUAAAUCAACCAUUACUUUUAGACUCGGAAAA